AUGGACGACAUGGACAAGAUUCGCAUGGGACUGGCGGCGGAUGUGGCGGUGAUCGGCGGGGGUGUCGUCGGCGCGGCCGUGUUCCGCGAACUUGUUCUGCACGGGUACAAGGUGAUUCUGUUGGAGAAGGAUGCGAAUGUCGUACACGGCGCGAGCUCUGGAAACUCUGGCAUUGCGUGCACGGGGUACGAUGCUCCGAUCGGAUCGAUCGAGAGACGAUGCAUCCGACGUGCGAUGGAAUUGAACCCGACGGUCUACCGCGAACUUGGCCUCCCCUCCGCGCCCGUGGGCAGUCUCGUGGUCGCAUGGACACCCGACGACUUGGCUGUGCUCCCCCACAUCGUUGCCGCAAACCACGGCAUCGGCGACACCCACGUGCGAGCGUUGUGUCCCCACGAGGUGUACGCGAUGGAGCCGCACUUGGCGACAGGCGCGCUCGGGGCCGUAUUCGUUCCUGGUGAAGUCGUCGUUGAGCCGUGGUUAAUCCCUAUCGCUUAUCUCCAUCACGGCUUGCGCAACGGCGGGACUCUUUGCACGCGGCACAAAGUCGUUGGCGGCGAUUUCGACGAGGGUAUCUGGACUUUGCAAUGCGAGACCGACGCCGCACCUUCAUCCUCGUCUCGAGCGACGACUGUACGUGCCCGCGUCGUGGUCAACUGCGCCGGGUUAUACAGCGACAUCGUCGAGCAGAUUCACACGCCGGCCGUGCCAUUUCACAUUCGACCGCGCAAAGGGCAAUACAUCGUGUUGGACGCGCCGCCCGGAAUCGUGACGCGAGUUGUGCAGCCCGUGCCAACAGACCGCACGAAAGGGGUGUUUGUGUUUCGCAGCCUGUACGGCCACGUCGUCGUCGGCCCGACGGCGGAGGACCAAGAUGCGCGCGACGACUUUUCCACGACCCCCGAGACCCUCGACAUGCUCCGGGCAGCGGCCGCGAAGGUCGUGCCGGCGCUCGCGUCGUGUGCCGUGGUUGGCAGCUAUGCAGGUCUCCGCCCCGCGACAGAACACCGAGACUACCAGAUCGAGAUGGACGAGGCCCGGCAGUGGGUCACUGUUGGGGGCAUCCGGUCGACAGGAGUCACUGCCUCGCUUGGCAUCGCCGACUACGUUGCGUCCUUGAUCGAUGCGUCCCAUCUGGGCCAUGUCCACCGCGACACAGCACGUUGCCCGACGCCGUUUUCCCUCCCGCCAGACCUGGAGUGCCAAGGCACUUCCGACACGAUGACCGUCACGCUGGACGGCGUCGUCCACAAAGUGUCGCAUCCGCUGUCGCGGUGGGGUCUAUCCAAGCGGUCCCAAACGAUGACGCGCGCGUUGUAG